AUGAGAUUAUUAAGGGUUCUCGACUUAACCUAUACCCAGAUCUCAACAUUGCCCCACUGUAUUGGAAAGCUGAAACUUCUCAAGCUUUUAAAUUUGUCAAGCACAAGAAUUGAGGAGGUACCAAUCUGUGUGAGAAGUCUUAAGAGUCUUCUCAUGCUCUAUCUAAGUAGAUGCAAACAGCUUCAAAGGCUUCCUGAGUGGAUAAAUGAACUCAAAUGUCUGCAGUAUCUCAAUAUACUGCAUUGCCACGAUGAUCUGCAGAGUCAUAUGCCGAAGGGAAUAUCAGAGCUGGUGUCUUUGCGGGUACUGAGAUCAGGUUAUUUACGACUCUCUGUUGAAGAUGAUGGAUUGUUAAAGUUGCAGGAUGUCGCCAAAUUAACCCACCUCCAAGUACCAUGCUUAUGGGUUCAGCACGAAAAGGAGUUGAAGAGUAUCGAAGAUGGAAUCCUUGCUCAGCUUCUCAAGAUGCGCGAUCUGUCAAUAGCAUCUGGUUUGUCUACAGAAACGCAUCUACCGCAGAAUAUCACUGCCCUGCAGGAUCUCCAAAUACUUGCGUUGAAAAGAUUUGCAUUCCCGAAUUGGGUGUGUACGGUAAUAAAUUUGAGGCAACUCACAUUAAAAAAUUGUCAUUCUAGCGAUUAUCCGGGAUUAGAAGCAAUGCCUAACUUGAUAAGGUUGAAAUUAGAUGUUAACGAGAGAUGCAGAGAAAUACCAAAGGCGUUUGGAAAGUCAGCCGGGUUUCCCAAGCUACGCUUUCUGAUUAUCAAGGACUUCCCUGUUUUGAAGGAAUUGCCUGAUUUGGAGGAUGGAGCGAUGGGCAUGGUGGAGAUAUUGCAUAUAGUAAAGUGUGGGAGAGUGAAGAAAGUUCCAGAGGGAGUGGAAGGGUUGAGAAAACUAAGGGUGUUCAGGUACGGAGAAACAGGAACGGAUCAAUUUAGAGAGAGUUUGAGGGAAGACGGGGAAGUCUGGAAUAAAAUCAAAGCAAAGAAUCCACAUGUGGACAUAAAGGCUAAAGUAGAAUGGGACUAA